CUACCUGAUGAUGACUGUAUUAAUCUGCCUCCAAAGAGGAUCCUAAGUGAUUCCAGUAAAGAGACUGCUAUGGAUAUGUCUCGAGUGGAUUUGGGAUCAGAAAAAAUAGAGAAUGCCCAGCAGGUAGCUAUGAUUUCUCAGAUUUCAGAAAAGGCUGCAAUCAAAUCCAGUAAGAGAUCAUGUAUUUUCUUUCUUGUCCAGACUUUAUAAAACUGUGGACUUGAGCCUGCCAGAGGCUGUCUGUUUAGAGAGGACAACAGCACAAAAGUUGCUGGCAUUAAUGAUCUUUUAUGUUGUGGUAUAUUGUUCACAAUUUUUCCCAGAUGUCGUUUCAAAAAUGUAUUACUGCAUCAUGAUUAAAAAAGUAAUGACUGUACUCCGCCAAGAAGGCCAGAAAGAAAAGGUGGCCUACUUCACCCCACACAUACAGUAUGUAACAGUGUGUGAACACACCCAUAUAAUUUGAUUUAUAUUUAUAUCUUUGGGUGUUAAGUGUUGACGUAAGUAACAACUAGUAAUUUGUAUGUUUAGUGUUGACAUAACAGAUAUAAUGGUGUUUUGUCCAUAUACUUAGUUUUUUACUUGGUUUGCAAAUGUGGAAGCUCAGAUGGAAGAGGAGCAAGAAUUGUCAUAUAGGUAAUGUACAAAAAUUGGUUUCUAAAUAAAACAAGUCACGUGGAACAAAUUUAAUAGUACUUUGGGUAUCAAUAGACAUCCUGGUGGUUUUCUAUUUACAAAGGGGUUCUGGGAAGUCCACUUGGAAACCAAACAUAAUUUUUUGGGUUGCUCCAGUGGAAAAGUUUCCAGAAGCAACUGAAUGUCUGAAAAAGUAGUCUUUUUUUUGAAAAAUGUUCCAAAUUGACCAAAGGUAAGUCUCAACUGUGCAGCAGAUGUCAAGUUAUUAAUUUUCAGGGUGCAAAGAAAAUCAUUUUUACAGCUUGCCAUUCGGGCAAGCUGAAUCUAACAUUUACUAGCCCAGACAUCAUUUCAACUAGCCCCAAAAGCUUUUUGAGGAGCAGAAUUGAUUUCACAGUUCUUGCUAUUCGAAUUCCUCAAAACACAUCACUUGCCCGUUGGGCAAGUUAAAAACAGAAUUCACUAGCCCGAUAGCAAAAUCCACUACCCCCGGGCUAUUGGAUAGUACUUUCUUUGCACGCUGAUUUUUAUCACUCAGUUAAAUUCAAUCAUUCCUUUUGUCCAUAAUCUUUGAAAGCGUAGUUACCAGUUUGUAAAAUUAUUAUUUUGGUUCAUUUCGUCAGAGCUUAUGCUGCGCAGCUGAGUUCAUAUCGCUCACACUGUGACAGUAUUCUCAAUGAAGUGGAAUCUGCCCUGCGUCAUCUGCAGGAUUUACAGCAGAAACACUUGCUGGUGUCUACAAAAACAGGAGCUACGAAGCCUGUGAACAACUUCUCCAGGAUCAGGUUGAGCACCAAUAAAAAUUUCACUGAUAAAUAAGUGGUUGGUUUUGAUGUUGCUUAAGAAAUUCUCUUAAGUUAACUAAUAACCUUACUAAGCCAGAAGACUUUCCAACCUUUUGAGUAUGAAAAAUUGGGAUAUUUUUCAAUCACUAAUGAAUCUCGCGAGGUGCUGAAGGCAUAAGCUGCUAGGAGGGUGUGGGGGCAUGCUCCCCUACAAAUUUUGAACUCUUGAUGCUCUGAAAUACCAUGUCUAGUGUUCUAAGGGGACAAUUCCUGUCUAAAAUGUUCACUAUUGAUUUCAUUUUCAUGCUUAUUUAUGUUUACAUGGCUUCACAUACAAGUACUCGAUCUUAUUUUAUAUUUCAUGCGGCUUUUUUAAGUUUUCUGGAUAUAAGUAAGUCAGUAUACUCUAUUAGGUGUUCUUGUAUAAGUUAGUAAAAAUUCAUUUGAAAAUAUCAGAGACUUCACAAUAGGAUAUUGGUCAGGAUUCAGAUUUUCAAGCAAAAUCAGGAGAAUCCUGACAAGAUCAGGAAGGUUGGACAACCUGCUAUGCCAACCUUCAUCAGGUCAGUAUUUACAAUAUGUAUGCCAUGUUUAAUUUCAGACAAAGUUGAUGAACAUGGCCGAAAGCAUCAGUAAUAAGUUGUCUUACUUUAAUGCUUUGGAUCAUCUUAGACAUGUAAGUAUGCCAGUCCAAGAAAUUUAUUUCUGUUAUCAACAGUUUAGGGUGGUGAAGUUUGUUUGCUUGUAUUUUUUGGUUUUGUUUUUGUAAAUAGGAAGCUAAUAAAGACUUUCUUGUUUUAUUUCUGAAUUAGAAACUCAACUCUCCUACCUUCUCAGUUACAAGUGAGUCUUUUGUUCCCAUGUUAGCAAGACUUGAUGAGUGCAUUUCAUUCAUAUCAAGCAAUGUAAGUAUAACAUUACCUUUUUCAUCAGCCUGGGUAGCUGGUGGUUUUGUUUGUCAAACACACAAGCAAACUAAGUGAUCAGUAAAGCUGAAGGAAAUUGGGGCUUUGCACUUGCUACUGUGGGCUUGGUGCUCACCAACCCUCCAAGUUAAAGUUUUUACUGGGUUGCCAUUUGGCAACCAACUCUUUUGGUUUAGGGAGACCUUUUUACAAAACAAGUGGCCAGCUCCAAAAUUUUAGGUGCCAUUGCAACCAAAAUGGUCGAAACUUGGAGGGUUGCUCACUAAACUUUUUUUGCGUGUGUGCAACAAAACAGCCAGCAAUGCAGGCUACAUUUUUAUUAGAAUUGUUUAAGAAUAUAAAGAGCUUGAAUAAUUGCAUUGUUCUCUUAUGUUUAUACAAGUUUAUUAAGUUAAAUUUAAUAUAUCACUGUUUUCUUACUGUUUCAGCAACAAUACAAGGAGAGUUCCGUAUAUCUUGUCCGGUUCAAACAAUGCUUGAACCAGGCUCUCAACCAAGUGAAAUCACAUGUAGUGAGCUUACUGAAAAAUGCUACUGCUCAAGUCUUAGCAAACAAGGUAAGCUAGCCACCUUUUUUACAGUUCCUAUUGUUGUAGACUUGUGUAGAUAUUCUAAGUGCUAACAGCGUGAGGCGGAUUGUUGUGUUGACAUACUGAAGAUUUGGCAGAACUGAACAGUUUAUGCAAAGAAUGUGGUGAAUUGUGCAAAGUGUUGAGAUGAUGAUUUCAGGCAGGUUUUUUGUAUUGAAGCUACGCUACAGUGGUGUUUUAAAAUGUUUUGAACCUUUUUUAUCAUCAUUCGGUACAGCUUCUUCACCUACAUGUACUUGAAAUUUUAACAUUCCUUUAUAUUGCUAACUCGUCUGACAAAUCACUGAUUUAACUUUAUUAGCAGGAUGGUACAAACACAUCAGAGAACUCCUUUGCAUUAUUUUAUGGAAAAUUUAGGACAUGUGCUCCCCGAGUAAAGGUACUCUUAAUAUGAAUAAAUUAUCCUGCAUUAAAUUUUUGGGGUUAAUUUGCAUUUGCUUAAAUUUCAUUUACCACUGCGACGAUCAUAAUUUUUUUUCAUUUCGACUUGUAUUUCUGCAGUUCACAUCAUCUUCAUUCCAUAUAAAAAUGUACUUUGUAAAAAUUAUUUUAAAAGAAUUUUUUAACCAUUAUUUUUGCAUCAUUGUAAUUAUUUGUAAAAUACCGGUAGAAAUGUAACGCAUUAUCAUGAAAAGAAUGGUGUUUUAAGAAGAGUACUAGCUACUGCCCAUUUUAUUAUGUUAUUUUGUUUGGAAGGAACAAAACAGGAUCUUGUUUUUGUUAUAUCCAUUGUUAGUACAAUAUGUCUUGCAAUUGUGAUCUUGACUUUUGAUCUUUGUUUAGAGUCUAAUGGAGCAAAUUGAGCAAAGAAGUCAUUUGAGCUCUGAGUGAGUAAUCAUUCAAGUGGAAAAUAUAGCAGAAAUCUAAUUCUACCCCCACCCUGCUAAAAUGGUGCUUUCCUUAAAAGAAAGAAAGAAAACAGAACCCUCCCCCAUCUUCACGGUCAACCUUCACCCUCAAUUUUGUUUGUGUAUUAUUUUUGAUUUUUUUCUCAUGGUGGUUUUUUCAAAGAUGUGUAUUAAAGCAGAUUUCAUCGUUUAGUACCCUUUGUGGCAUGCACUGUACACUCUGCCUCCUUUUAUUUCCAGCUAUUCCAUGCUUUAAAAUAAAAAAAUACGUUUUUUCUAUUUAUGAUUCUUUAAUUUAUCAGUCUUAACAUGUACUCACUGAAAUUAUGUAUCUUUGAUUUUUCCAGAUAUAGUUCCCUACUUAGUGACUGCCAGCAUUGUUAUCUGUCUCAGCGCUCACAGCUGUUGAUGCCUUGUGUUAGUGAUGCAAUUGACAAACUGGCAAAGCAGUAUGAAAGGAACCCUUGUUCUUUAGUAAGUUUCUUUAAUCCUUUCCUAAACAUGGCAAGAUUAGCUCAGUUGCUAGAGCACUUGACUGCAGUGCGGGAGGUCGCGGGUUUGAUUCCCAGGGCCGGACCAAUACUCAGGGUCUCAACAUAACUGAGAAAUGAAGGUACUACCUUCACCCUGCAAAUGGCUGAACCUUUGCAUGGCUUGGAUGACCACUUAAAAUGGUGGUCCUGUCUCCAGUAGGAGACAUAAAAAUGGUGUCCCCAGUAUAUUUCAUUUUGUAAUUUCGUCAGAAGUAAAUAGUACUAAUGAAAAAAACUGCCACAGAGGUUUUUUUCUGUGGACCGCAGAAUUUUGUCCACAAACUUAGAAGCUCGAAAAACAUUUCAUGUGUCCAUUAUUAGCUGAAGCGAAAGUAUUCUCAUGUUAAUGUAACAUGCACAUCAAGCCCAAAAUAUCCCAACCAUCAUGCUUUUAAAAGCUAGUCUAUCUGCAAAUUGACAAUUUUUGUGGGCAUGUUCUUUAUUGACUGCAGUCUUUUACAUGAUUCAGUUAAGUUAAGUACGGUCAAACUGUGUUAACAGGGACACUGAGGGGGGCCCUAUAAAGUGUCUGCAUUAAGUGGAUUGAUUUCAGAGAAAAUAUUAGGCCUUUCUUUCACCAGGGACAAAGCAAACUGUCUGUGAUACCAAAGAGUCCAUAUCAAGGGAGUGUCCAUGAAGCGAGAUUUGACUGUAGAUGUAUUGUUUCUAUUGCCUUUAGGUUCGUGCUGGUUGCUCAGUGUUGAUCCAUGUUUGUCGAGAUGAAUAUCAGCUGUAUUACCAUUUCUUCUCAAAACCAAGCACAGGUCUAGAGUAAGUACAUUGAACUUGUUGUAGGUGCCCUGUGCACAUGCUCACUUAGGCUUGUGUGUAUGUGUAAAUCGAGUCACUCAUGGGAUAUCAAAAUUAUUGCAUGACUAGUGAUGCAUCACUGAUGAAUGUUUUUCUGUUUCCUUUAAGCUCCUUAUUGGAAAUCCUCUGUAGUGUCCUGUACGACUCACUGCGACCUGUUAUUAUUCAUAUGAAUCACAUGGAAACCCUGACUGAACUUUGUUCAAUAUUGAAGGUGAGUUACAAAGGAGGCCAUUUCUUCCUCCUGAAGAAUUCACCAUAAGUUUUGAUGAGGCCCUGGUUGGAUAAUGCUUUCCAUCAGAUAAAUCACUGUCCAUGCAGUGGAUUAGUAUUUAUUUAGGGAAACCAGUUUCACUAUCCACUGAAUCAAGAUUUUUCAGUGGAUAGGGUUAUCCACCUUUUGAACAACUUGGGCCUGGCUGAACAUUUUAACCCUUUAAACCCUAAGAUCAAAAUCUGAAUUCUCAUUUGUUGCCUCUAUUCAUUUCCCACAGAAGAAGUGGGGAGAAGUUGAUAAAAUAUCAAGCAAAUUUAUCUUGUUUGAUCGUGUCCAUAAUUCUCAUGAUCACUGUGUUUUAUAAAGCAGUGAUAUUACAACGAGAAAGUUGAUGCUGAUCACUCUUAGGGCUUAAAGGUUUAACUGUAACUGGCACUUUACUAAGCUGACCCAGAGGAGAAGAUGAAUUUAUUAUUACUCUUUUGUCAAGUUUCAGUAAAUAAAUUGAGUUAAGUUUCAUUUCUCUUUCUUUGCAGGUUGAGAUGAUUGAAGAUCAUGUACAGCAAAAAGGUAUGAAGCCUAACUCUCCUGAGACAACAUAAAAACAUUACAGUUCCACACAUGAAAAUGAAGGAAUAGAUUCUGGACUGAACACUUAUCACUAAUAUUUUAUAGGAAAAAAGUUUCAUUGUUUGAAAAUAUUCCCAUUAAUCCCUUCAAGCAUUUAAAACUUAUCUUCACUAAGCAUCUAAUUGCACAAAAAAUCACUUGACUGUGAGUGUCAUUCCACUUCAGGUGAAGAAUUGGCUGCUUUUGAAGUUGUAAUUCUUCAGAUGUUAGAAGAUGUUCAAGAAAGACUGGUUUAUAGAGCACAGGUAAUUCUUGUAAGAGCCAUGAAAGUUUGCACAUCAACAGUAGAAGAUCAACAAUAUAACAUAGAUGACAUGACAUGACACAUGGUGUAACAUGGCAUGACAUGACUUGACAUGGUGUGAUACAUGGUGUGACAUGGUACGACGUGGGAUGACAUAUACAUGCAUUGAGAUCACGAGAUGACAAAAGAUAUUUUUAUCAAAUCCCUCUGCUCGUAGCAAGCUCAACUUGGGAAUAGAUGAAAAGUGUUUGCAGACCAUUGUCAUCCCAAGGUUUGUUGAUCUUUACAGGCAUACAUCGAGAGUGAUAUCCAGAAAUAUUCACCAGCUCCGGGAGAUCUGGCAUACCCAGAAAAACUGAUCAUAGGGGUAAGAUGUUUAGGAAAUGUCAGACUUUUUGCAGCACCAGUUAGUACAUUCAAUCUGUUAAACAGCGCAGCCAACAACUCUUCAAACAGUCACCUAGCAUUAGGCCCUGAUGUUCUUCAGUCAUUUUCUUGGACUCGCUGUCAAGCCGAAAUCUCUCUCAGAACAGACUCUUUGUGCCUAUUACAGCAAUGUCUUUUUUUCCAAGGAUCUCAAUGUUUCGCAAAAUAAAGUUAAUUCAAAUAGCAAGACAAUACUUACAAUAAUAUAUUACCGGUACAGAGGACAAUGUGCAUAAAAACUUUUCUUUAAUUGUCCUUUUUAUUAUAUUUUCUUUUGGUUUAUAUUGUAUCUGCUCCUUUUAGUCAUGAAAUAAUUUUAUUUGUUGGAGAAAAGAGGUUUGCAAUACAUUAAUUUGUCUGUCAAAAAAACAAUAUUUUAUCAUUAUUUUGUUUAGCCAUAACUCUGGUUUAACUGAAAUACAAGUUUUAUUAAUCUCUAAUUUGGUCAAAUGGCCAUUUCACACGGAAUCAAGACAUUAAUAUGUGUUUACUGUUUUGUAGUCCUCAAGUGACGCUGACAACGAGGAAAAAUCAGCUGAAGGAGAAGAGAAGAAAUCCAAAGGUAAGUAAAGGGUUUCAAUUUUUGACAAACUUUUGUUUUGCUGUUGUUAGACAAGUUACUUGAUUGUGAAACACCCCAGCCUGCAAUGAAGAUGUCUUAGUGUAACAGGGUCUGUCAAAAUUUCUCUAUUGCAACCAUUUUUGACAAGGAAAAAAACGAAAACAAACAAACAUGUGUUGUCUCUUUGCCACAGAAUUGCCAGCUGCUCUAGUUGAUCUGCAAGGAAUGUGGUAUCCAACUGUCCGACGUACUCUGGUUUGUCUCUCCAAACUUUACCGUUGUAUCUCGGUAAGAGUGCCAUGUUUUUAAAAAUUUGUGUUAUGACUUUUUUGCAAUUAAGCUUACUCUCCUUCAGUUCUUUGUUCACGAUCCUCUGGCCUUCAUUGUUUUCACACAUCUUCCAUGAGGGGACAACCCGUCUAUCUUAAAUGUGUUUACAUUGUAUGCUUAUUGUUCACUUCAAAACCUUUUUGCCUUUAUACAGAAAGAGACAUUUGAAGGAUUGUCUCAAGAAGCUCUAUCAUUUUGCAUUCAGUCUCUCAAAACAGCCAGUGCACUUAUCACCCAAAGAAAGGUAAUGAGCAGUCCCAAGUGUGACCAACAUCAAUUUUCUCCUAACGACCUCAUUACUUCAUCUAGAGAAAGUUUAUGAGAUUUAAUAAAAUGAUCACCAAAAGGGAAAAUGCUUUGAUCUUUAAGCAAAUUUAUUCAUCUUAUUACAUCCACUUUGAAAUCACUGGCUAUCCGUGCAAUCUGAUUGGCUCUCAGCAGUGUGAUUUAUUCCUAAAUCGCACCAUUUUUUGCUCUAAAUCGCAUGUGUUCCAAAUCGCGUCAUUCAUGUUCUAAAUCGCAUCAUUUCUGUUUUAAAUCGCACCAUUUUUGUUCUAUAUCGCAUCAUUUCUGUUUCGAAGACAAAAUGAGAUGUAAAAGCCUUUUUGUUUCGGCUUUUUAACAAACCAGCUACUUGAUCAAUAAAAUAUAUUAGUACUGACUAAAUUUUGCGAUUUCAAAAUGGAUGUAAUAAAGUGGUAAUUGAACUUCGUGUCCUGCAAUUUUGGUCUGAAAUCAUACUUGUGAUUUCAAAUCGAACUCGCGCUGCGCGCUCGUUCGAUUUUGAAAUCACGCGUAUGAUUUCAGACCAAAUUGCACUCCACUCAGUUCAAUUACCAUUAUCAAUUCUUGACGGAAAUGUACAGAGAUCAGUUUGGAGAAUUUGCACAUGGAUAUUCAUAUUGGGGUUUAAAGCAGGGUUGUCAAUAAGAGCCGGGGGCCAGAGAUUUUCCCCAACUAUUAAGAAAGUGGCCCCAGGCUACUUUUAUUGGAAAAUAGAACAAAAAUAGAACCAAAAGAAAUCCCUAGCCGUUUGAUUCCCCGCCUACUUGUUGUAUUUACCCGGCAACUUAAAAUCUUAGUGACAACCCUGGGUUUAAAGGGUUAAUAAUUUCAUGUAACUAUUAGCCUGCGUAGCAAGCGUUUCCGCGCGAGUUCGUCGAGAACGUCGGGACGAGAGCAAAAAAAAAAAAGGAUUGACGGGGGAGGGGGAGGGGAAAGAAGGAAGAGAUUGAGCUUACUCUCAACUCAGUAGGUAGGGUUCAGGGAAUGAAUCAAGUGUUGCUUUGUUUUUACUCCCAUACCCACCCCUGGUCAAGAGCUUGCUCGAAGGCUACGCAUAAUAUGUCUGAUAUGCUAUGAUGGCACCAGUCUAAUUAACUCCCAAUAUCAAAAUAUAUAUUCUCCUUUCUGUUCUCCACGUGUUUCUUAUUGUAGUGCUUGAGAGAAUUUAGUCAAAUAUUUUGUCAUUUCAUCAGUGCUGAUCAUUCCAUUCAUUCUCUUGACCUGUACAUUUGAUCAAGUGGCAGCGAUAUUGUUUAAUAGGAGAAAUUUGAUGCUGGUCACUAUUGGCGCUUUAAGGGUGCUAAAUGUUUUUUUGGAAGAAGUUUUGUGGGACCUUUUUAAACGGUUCCUUGAGUCUACUGCUUUUUCAGUUAUUGAGUAUCUCAUCUGAUACUCCAGAAUAUUGAAGGGCCAACCCUUGCAUAGCCAGUCAAAGUCUUAACAUUGUCUUCAUUCAAUUCUAGGAUGCUAUUAAUGGCCACCUCUUUCUUAUCAAACAUCUACUGAUCCUCAGAGAGCAAAUUGCACCUUUUGAUGUUGAUUUUGCUGUGAAGGAAAUGUCGCUUGAUUUUAGCAAGAUGAGGACCGCAGCAUAUGGACUGUGGAGCCAUAGCAACAGAUUGUUUGCUCUUAGUAGCAGUAAUGCUAUUUUGGAAUUCUUAUUAGAUGUAAGUACACUGUAGUGUAAGCAGACUCAAUUAAGUGUCUUCCAAGAGAAUAUUGUGACAGUGUGGUUUGUUGAUUCAGGUUAAAAGAGCAAAAUUAAUUGAAGCCACCGUAUGUUCAUUAUCAAUAUUGUCAAUGACAUAAAAUUUUCAUGUUUGGAUCGAAGUCUGUCAUUGGAAAGGCGGAAGAUGCUAUUUAUCCAGUGGAUAAAGCAGUUGGGUUUUUGAGUGCUUAUCAAAUGGAUCGUGAUUUAUCCAGUUGGUAGCACUGUCCAACGUUUCAACAACCGUGGUCAGAAGGAAGCAUUCUUUAAAUAUAGUGCGUGGAGAUGGUCCCAUUUCUUAAACUGGUCUAACUCACGGUAUUUUGAUUUCAGGGAGCACCACAGUUAACAGAAAAUUACUUGGACUCAAAAAAGGUUAUAAACCAUAGAUUACUGGUGUUAUUAGCAUGACUUCAUUGUAUGCUCUGUAUGUUGAGCAUUUGCCACUUGCACAUCUCCCAUAAUGCACCUUAUUUGCCCCCCAAAAUUUUGCAUAAGCAUUGUUUUCAAUUUUUCUUGGGACGGCUGUAAUGCCCAGGAGAAAUGAAAAACAAGGGUUAUGCAAAAUUUUAAAGGUCAAAUAAGGUGCAUUAUGGGAGAUGUGCAAGUGGCGAAUACAAUGAAUUUGUGAAGGCAACAUGGCUCAGCAGUUAGGGCGCUGGACCUGCAGUUUGGAGGCUUAAGAGUUCAAGUCCCUUCCUGACUGCUAGCUGGUUUUAUUCUCUGUAGUCCCAAGUUCAAAUCAUCGUGCGUUAAAAUUUCGUAUUAGAAAAACAUCAACUUUGCACUCGCAUUAAUGGUUUUAAGAAGCAAAAUACCCGCAUCGUUAAGAAUCCAGAUAUUAUUUUUAUUAAAACAAAUCUUACUAUUCACUUGCAUUUUUUCAUUUUAAGGAAGUGGAUGUUGAACUUCGUGUUGUGUGUGAGCAGUUUAUACAAAAUGUGUCAGAAUCACUCAUUGCUCCUCUCUCCGCUUUCCUGGCUAAGGUAAAUUAACGUGAAUUUUGAUACGUGUUUGCUGGUGAAUUUGUCAGGAGCGGUUUGUCAGGAGUGUUAUUUAAUCAAAACUUAGCUGUUUUAAAACCUGACCAACUGCAACAGAAGUAGUAAGCUAUUUAAUCAAUCGAAAGUGACAGUGGUUUAUCUAACCAGUUCUGAGCGGGGGAACGAGUUCACUCAGGUGAAAACUGCUCUAAUGAAAUAGAUGUUUUCCUCUGUUUUCCUUCUCUGUUCACCUUUUUCGAGGACAGAAAGGUGAUCAUUCAACUAGUAAAACCUGCACGCCUCAUCUUUACUCUUGGUGGUGGGAGGGGUGAUGGUUCAAAGUGCUUACUUUUACUCCCCCACCCCUGCCCCAUGAGUCAAAGACCUCCUUGUUAAUUUCAGUUUCCAAAAAAGGAGCGUAAAGCAGCUAAUCUGGUAUUUAGUUAUCAGGGCUCCUAGUUAUUGGCUGUCAGAGGGCCCUGUUUUAUUUAUAGUCGGCAAGUUCAAACGCUCAGUUGAAUUGCCACUGUAUAUUUCCUUUUCUCUCAAUAUAACAGGUAGCGGUGAUAAAAAAUCUUGCAGUGGAGGAAGGAAAAGAUCCCAAAGCGUUCUUAAAACAACAGCCAUUUGCAAAACCAGGUAAAAGAAAACGUUGCCUCACCCCGCUUACGGGGUGAGGGAAUGUGGACCUUAAACUUUUGUUUAUUUUGAUCCUUUUUUCUUCGUUUCAGAGAAUGUUCGUAAAGUUGUGAGUGAGACGUACAUGUUGCUGAAGUCCAAACUCACUAGUACUUUACAGAGUAUGGCGCUGUUUUUAGCCAAUAAGGAUACAGAGUACAUACUGUUUAAACCUGUCAAGGUAACUAAGUUAUCCUCUUACGAUCCUUCCCGAAGACGUCCGAAUACUGCCGAAGAAUAUCCUUCCAAAGCCACGAGAACUCCACAUUUACCCUCGUCCAAUUUUGGUCGUUUCUUGAAUAACUGAAUAUGUCCGAAGAAAAUCCGAAGACCUGUCUAUUUUUAACUCUGUUGGCAUUCAGUGGCGAUAAACAGGGUAGCUUACUCGAGGCGCUUUAUUGAAAGAUGCCGGGUCAACGUAGGAUAGGUGACAAGUAACAAUAUAAGUAAAAUCCAACUAGUAGUCUAUUAUUAAUGCUGCGUUCUGAUUGGUUGAGCUACUACUAGGCUAUAUGUUAUAGCCCACUAGUAGCGAAAAUCGCCGGCUUUGAAAACCAAAACAGUGGCGGCUGAAUCGCGUUUUGCUAGCUAAAGUUUUUUUUUUGACUCAGAGCCCAUUCGGGCUCGAGGAAUAAAGAGCGCGAAAACAGUAUCGAUUGUUUCGGUAUACAGAUUACUCUAUUUAACUACACCCUCCUGGGUAAAUCAGGCAGUUAGGGACAGUUAUUUAAACGGAGUUUAGGCACCGUUUAAUAAAACCUCGUUCUAAGUCAUUUUCAAUUUGUCGAACGCGUUUAUGUAAACACCAUUUAUCGUGAACAACUUCAUUAAAGCGUGUAAAGUAGAGUAUGAAAGCCUUUGUCUUUCGUAAAAUAACCCACUUAAUGAAGAGAUCUGGAGGUCCAAAGAUUUCGUAAGUUGCUGUCUAACACUUGAGUACAUUGUAUCCUUAGAGUUAGCCCCUGCCUCACUUCAGUACUUUCUUUGCGGACUCUGUAUAAGGCGGGUACCGUAAAAUUCCGAAAAUAAGCCCCGGGGCUUAUAUUUUUCAAAAGCCCUUUUUGAGGGGCUUAUUUUUGGAGGGGCUUAUAUACGGAGGGGCUUAUGUAAGGAGGGAAAUUUGAGUUUAAAAAUCGACUGGGCUAGCCUUAUUCUUCGUAGGAAAUUUACCGUUUUUCUUUGUUUUACUUUGUAUUUGAAAGCAAUUUCCAAGUACAAGCCCCCGUGGGGCUUAUAUUUGGAGGGGCGAUUUAACGGAGGGUUUUUUGCGUUACGAGUUUGGGGGGGCUAAUAUUUGAAGGGGCUUAUACAUGGAGGGGCUUAUUUUCGAAAUUUUACGGUACCUCUCUUAUAAAGACACUCAGUGCCGGUGCAAACUUUGCCCGUAUUAUUAAAUAGAGAGUUGGCUAUGCACCACUGGAAUCAUAAGGACACUGGAAUGACUACGUUAAACAGAUAAGCCCGACACUUUCUAAGAGAAACGAACAUACUUGACAACUGGAUUUCUGUUUUACAGGCCAAAGUUCAAGAUUAUUACAAACAGAUGAAUGAUAUGGUGAUGGAAACAUACUCAGUUGAAGAUCAGCAAAUAAUCGGAUGUCCAUCUAUUCAGCAAGUAUGUUUUAUAGCUGUUUGUGAUAGUUACACUGUGAAGUUUUCUGGGAGGGGAAAGUGA